AUGGACCUGUGCUCAAAGCUUAGGGAGCUUGAGGACUUCUUCUACGGCUGCCGGAAUGAGUGCGAUCAGAAGUGUGUGAUUGACAAUCACGAGGUGGAAAUCUUGCAGGGCCCAUCUUUGGGCACCCCCAGCUUCGACUUCUGCCCCUCCGGCCGCGCUGACCUCACAGACCUUUGCACUCCGCGGGUCAGUGGAGGCGAGAUGGGGCUCUUCAAAUUUCUUCAACGGAUGUGUCAACACAUGAAAUGGGGCAUUCUGGAUUUUCAGCAAGGCUUGUGGGCUCUUGCGAGACCUCGUGCAAGCAGUGCUUCGGCGAACAAGUGCAUGCCACCUUUCGACAGGCUACAUCUAUGGUGGCUCACAAAGCUCUGA